ACAGCACUAUAAAAGUUUGUCUUGUUUAGGUAAAAACAUUAUUCUGACAUAAAAUUUCAAACCAAUUUAACCCUAUUUUUGGGGAUCAGUUGCUCUUGCUUUAUAACUGAAUUUAAAGUGUAUUUCCGCGUAAAAAAAGAUCUGGCAACACAGUGUGACGUCACAGAUCUGGGCACCGGUCUGCUGGUUGCCAGUUUUGCUGCACAGACGGCUGAGGAUUUCCAGACUGGAGACCCCUGGCUCUGAGAGGCCUUUUCUGACAGACUGAAGCGACGGCGUCCCGGCUUUGUGUUUAAAUGGCAAAAACGUACGAUUAUCUUUUCAAACUGUUGCUCAUCGGAGACAGCGGUGUCGGCAAGACAUGUCUGCUGUUCAGAUUCAGCGAGGACUCCUUCAAUACCACCUUCAUUUCCACAAUAGGAAUAGACUUCAAAAUCAGGACCAUAGAGCUGGAUGGAAAGAGAGUUAAACUUCAAAUUUGGGAUACUGCAGGACAAGAGAGGUUUCGUACCAUCACCACAGCCUAUUACAGAGGGGCCAUGGGUAUCAUGCUGGUCUAUGACAUCUGCAACGAGAAGUCAUUUGAAAACAUAAAAAACUGGAUACGUAACAUUGAAGAGCAUGCCUCGUCCGAUGUGGAGAAGAUGGUCCUGGGAAACAAAUGUGACAUGAGUGACAGGAGGCAGGUGUCCAAAGACAGAGGUGAAAAACUGGCUAUUGAUUAUGGAGUGAAGUUCAUGGAAACCAGUGCGAAGUCGAGCAUCAAUGUAGAGGAGGCUUUUUACACUAUGGGAAGAGACAUAUUACACAACCUGAGCUCUAAGAAGACUGACAACGGCGCUGGAGAUUCCGGCAAACCAGUGAAGAUCACGGAUAAAAAGACCAAGAGGAUUAAGCUCUUUAAGUGUUCUCUCCUCUAGGCUGCUCCCACUGCUCUCACAGCUCUGCGCUGCUGUGUCACUCUGCUGUUUUCUGAGACUCACUUCCUGUCUUGGUCACGGCUACGGCGGCAGCGUCUCGUCCUAAUCAGAGAGCCUUGGUACCAGCAGACGCAGGUUCAGAAGUGCUUGUAAUGCAAUCCUGAUCAGAUGAGCCGAGGUGCAUCAGGGACAAAUGAGGCCUGAUACUGUACUUCCGCCGUGUGUGUGUGUGUGUGUGUGUGUGUGUGUGUGUGUUGGUGUGAGAUGCUCAGCCGUGGUUUGCAGCUGAAUCCUCUCAGAGCAGGCAUUUAUUUACCUCCCAAGGAAAUAUCUCGCAUACACAGAGUUGUCUUAUCAAAAUCAAACAAUUAAAAAAAAAAGUUUUUCAUCCAAUGUAGCAUAAAAAAUAAGUGCACUACCUAUUGUCAUAUUAGAUAUGAGACUUUAUCGACUGAUUGUAUUUAUCUGUGUGAAUCCAUGCGUGUUGUGAAGCUUUCUGCUCAUUUAUUUGUGCCUGAUCAUUAUUUUUCUUUUUCUUUUGAUAUUUUUCAUGUUUUGUUGCCAAGACAAAAAGAAAGGAAGCCGCACUUGAUACAUUUUGUCAGCCAGUUGUCAGUAUUUGCAUGGAAGUUACGGCACCACCUGUAAGCGUGUCAUUUUAAAGGAAAAAAAUAUACUAUAAGAAGUUUAUAUACAGUAUUUCACAGUGUCAACCAUGUAUAUGACUUUCAUUGUUCCUGCUGUAGGCAUAUUGUACACGAGCACAAUAAUGGAUUGUACAGAGUUUAUCUUUAAUUUGAAACUGUAAUCUUCAUACUGGGUCCCUUUACAACUCUAUUGUUAACACAUGAAGUUGCAUAUGGGAAAAGCUGUCUUGUGACUGACGCUGAAGCUGUUGUAUGUGAUCGGUGAGAAGUAAAGAUGGUAGUGGAAAUGGAUCUUCAA